AUGGCCAUAGCCAAGGCAAGACAUGGCACGAGGUGGCUGGAACAAACAAAGACCAGGCCCUCCCACAGUCCCCCACAUCCCGCCCAACAUCACAACCCAGCUGUUAACACCCUCCGCAUACCGUCCACACCUCCGCCAUUGGCGCCAACGACGAUGAAGUACAUCGAGAUCCCCGCCCUCUCCCACCUCGCGCAGUCGCUGACACACGAGGGCCCCGAGUGCUCCGUGCACACACGUAUGGAGGCGUACAGCUGCAAGAACAUCAAGCGCGACAAGAAGCUCUUCAAGACCCUCGAGUCCGCGUACCAAGACGACGUCUCCAACUCGCCCCCGCUGCCCUCCUGGCUCGCCCUCGACCGCGAAGCCGAAAUGACGCCAUUCGGCCCCAUCGACAAACACGCAUCGCGAAAGACGCUCUACCUCCUCAUUGCCACCCUAAACGUCGCAUUCCCCGACCACGAGUUCUCCGACGUCCGCCCAUCCCACUUUGUGAAAGAGGAGGACGGCGCAAACAUCCUCAAUGCCCUCAGCAACACCCUCAUCUCGCCUCACAGAGCCGGCUCAAGCGCACCACGCACCUAUUCCUCCUACCCGCCCACCUCCCCCGACUUCUUCCCCUCCUCCGAGUCCAGCUCAACCUCACCUUACGAGCGGAAGAUACCCAGCCCCCUCGCACCGCCCGCGAUAGUCUCAGGCACCCACCCGACUCUCUUUCGCCUGAUAGACGACGUGAUCGGCCUAUCGGAAUGCGAUGUCUUCUCCUACACCCCCGAGAUUGAUGCCGACCCACACGCGAACGACUUCUCCGAUGACGAUGACGAUGUCGCAUCCAUCGCCGACGAGGCGUCCUCCAGCGACGAGGACGGUACCUUCGAGUUCGACAACUACGAUAUUGAUGAAAUCAAACCGAGAAGUUACUCCUCCAGCACCAAGAUCCCCCCGCCGACGCCUCGUGCGGCGAUAAACUACUCCGUGUUUGACGACCUGUCCUCGUCACCGGUCCUGACAAGUCUGCGGUUCAAACGUCGCGGAGCGCUGCUGUGGUCCUCGCACUGGUUCUUCCUUAACCGCAAGCGAAAGCGUGUGCUUUUCAUCUCCGUGUGGGCGAGAUCGACCGGGAUCGGACGCAUGUAUACGAGUGACGAAGAUGAAUACGAGUUGGACUUUAGUACGUCUUCGAGUGAGCGGUUCCGUGGCUGGGAGGGUGGUGAUGGUCUUGGUGCGCGGUCUCUCGGUUUGAAGGCAUUCUGA